AUGAGUUCAAUGUCGGAGAUCUGGAAUCUCAGUACCCUGGAUGAUGCCAAAGAAUAUUUGGCCGGCCCAGGCAACAAUUUACGCCUACAAAACUUCAUUGGCAAUGAAUACUCCAAACAUGGCAAUCCCGAUAGCUGGAUCGAGUCCUUUAAUCCUCGGACUGGGGAGGUUCUAGCAAAGCUCCCUCGAAGUGAUGCACCUGAUGUAGCUCGCGCCGUGGAGGCUGCCUCGGAAGCGUUUCUAUCCUGGUCGAAAACUACACGACAGGAAAGAUCGGAUAUUCUCCUUCGCAUUGCCGCCAUUAUCCACGAGAAAAAGGAACUUUUCGCCGUUUGGGAAAGCCUCGACCAGGGGAAAACAUUAGCUCGAGCUCGAGUCGAAGUUGACCGCGCGAUCUCGAACUUCCGAUACUUUGCAACUUAUAUUCUACACGAAGAAGGCUCGGUCCGCUUUGUUGAUGGCCAACCUUCAACUUUAACAUACGAACAUCGAUCUCCUAUCGGGGUCUUUGCGUUAAUCUCACCAUGGAACAUGCCCUUGUACCUCCUCACAUGGAAAAUUGCACCAUGCAUUGCCUUCGGAUGCACAGGCGUCGCAAAGCCCAGCGAAGUCACCAGCAUGACCGCCUUCUUACUCGGUGAAGUAUUCAGGCAAGCCCAGCUGCCACCAGGCGUGAUGAAUAUCGUCUUCGGUGAUGGACCAGGCGCCGGAUCAACGCUCGUCAAGUCCCCUCUCGUGCGAGGCGUGUCAUUCACAGGUGGCACAAAAACAGGCAUUAGUAUCAGACGCGAUACAGUCGAAGAUAUUGGCAAGCAUCUAUCCUUAGAACUAGGAGGAAAGAACCCAACACUCGUCUUCGACGAUGUUGAUUUCGACCAGGCUGUUCCGAUAGCAGCACAAGCCGCAUUCGAGAACAGCGGUCAGAUCUGUCUGUGUGGAUCCCGGAUCUAUGUUCACCACGCUAUCUAUGAGCAAUUCGUAUCCACGUUUGUGAAUUAUGUACGGCAACAUUACCGGUGCGGUGAAACGGUUGGUCCUGUUGUUUCCCGGCCGCACUACGAUAAGAUUCGGUCCUACCUCCUUCAAGCUCAGAGUGAGAAGGCUACUUUUCUUUCCGGGGGCGUGCCCGCUGAGGUCCCCACGGGCGGGUAUUGGAUCGAGCCGACGGUGCUCAGCGACCUUGGUACAGAUAGCAUCGUCAUGCGUGAGGAGAUCUUUGGGCCGGUGGUCACAAUCUCAACGUUUGACACAGAGGAAGAGGCAAUCAGGCUAGCAAACGACAAUCCUAAUGGACUGGCAAGUGUUCUCCUGACGAAGGAUGGGUCGCGGAUGCGCCGCGUCGGGGAACGGAUCGAUGCCGGACUGGUGUGGGUUAAUUGCUGGCUAGUACGGGAGCUGGGCACGGCAUUUGGAGGAAUGAAGGCAUCCGGGACUGGCCGAGAAGGCGGUGCACACAGCCGAGAUGUGUUUACGAACCUGCGGACUCUCCAUAUUCGUUAG